UAGCUGAGCACAGCCCGCGUGCGGCGGGGGAGGGGGCCGCGCCGCCAUAUUCCUUCCCGUCGGCGGCCCCGCGGCGCAGCCACCAUGAGCACCGCCGCCUUCCACAUCUCUAGCCUCUUGGAGAAGAUGACGUCCAGCGACAAGGACUUCAGGUUCAUGGCUACCAGUGACCUGAUGUCAGAGCUGCAGAAGGACUCCAUCCAGCUGGAUGAGGACAGCGAACGCAAGGUGGUAAAGAUGCUUCUCAGGCUUCUGGAGGACAAGAACGGGGAGGUGCAGAACCUGGCGGUCAAGUGCCUGGGUCCUCUGGUGGGCAAAGUGAAGGAGUACCAGGUGGAGACCAUCGUGGAUGCCCUCUGUGCCAACAUGCGGUCAGACAAGGAGCAGCUCCGAGACGUCGCUGGCAUCGGCCUCAAGACCGUCCUGUCGGAGCUCCCCCCUGCAGCCACAGGCUCUGGCCUGGCCACUAGUGUGUGCCGGAAGAUCACAGGCCAGCUCACCAGUGCCAUCGCCCAGCAGGAGGACGUGGCUGUGCAGCUGGAAGCCCUGGACAUCCUCUCUGACAUGCUGAGCAGGCUGGGCGCCCCGCUGGGCGCCUUCCACGCCAGCCUCCUGCACUGUCUGCUGCCGCAGCUGAGCAGUCCGCGCCUGGCCGUGCGCAAGCGGGCCGUUGGGGCGCUCGGCCAUCUGGCGGCCGCCUGCAGCACCGACCUCUUCGUCGAGCUUGCUGACCACCUGCUGGACCGGCUGCCUGGCCCACGUGCGCCCGCGAGCCCCGCGGCGAUCCGCACCCUGAUCCAGUGCCUGGGCAGCGUUGGCCGCCAGGCAGGCCACCGGCUCGGGACCCAUCUGGACCGACUGGUGCCCCUGGUGGAGGAGUUCUGCAACCUGGAUGAUGAUGAGCUUCGGGAGUCCUGCCUCCAGGCAUUCGAGGCCUUCCUGAGGAAGUGCCCCAAGGAGAUGGGCCCCCACGUGCCCAGCGUGACCAGCCUCUGCCUCCAGUACAUAAAGCACGACCCCAACUAUAACUAUGACAGUGACGGGGAAGAGGAGCAGAUGGAGACAGAGGACAGUGAGUUCAGUGAGCAGGAGAGCGAGGACGAGUACAGCGACGAUGAUGACAUGAGCUGGAAGGUGCGCCGGGCAGCGGCCAAGUGCCUGGCGGCUCUGAUCAGCUCUCGGCCCGACCUCCUGACCAACUUCCACUGCACCCUGGCGCCCGUGCUCAUCCGCCGCUUCAGGGAACGCGAGGAGAACGUCAAGGCCGACGUGUUCGGAGCUUACAUCGUGCUGCUGCGGCAGACGCGGCCCCCGAAGGGAUGGCUGGAGGAGGAGCCCACCCAGUCGGGCAGCAACCUCCAGAUGCUGCGAGGACAGGUGCCUCUUGUGAUUAAGGCCCUGCAGAGGCAGCUUAAAGAUCGGAGUGUCAGGGCCCGCCAGGGUUGCUUCAGCCUCCUCACCGAGCUGGCAGGCGUCCUCCCGGGCAGCCUGGCAGAGCACAUGCCCGUGCUGGUAGCAGGCAUCGUCUUCUCGCUGGCGGACCGCUCCAGCUCCUCCACCAUCCGGAUGGAUGCCCUGGCUUUCCUGCAGGGGCUGCUGGGCACAGAGCCGGCUGAGGCCUUCCACCCCCAGCUGCCCGCUCUCCUGCCACCUGUGAUGGCCUGCGUGGCUGACCCUUUCUACAAGAUCGCAGCCGAGGCCCUGCUGGUGCUCCAGGAGCUGGUGAGGGCCCUGUGGCCGCUGGACGGGCCUCGGCUGCUGGACCCCGAGCCCUACAUUGGAGAGAUGUCCGCGGCCACCCUGGCACGGCUUCGUGCCACUGACCUGGACCAGGAGGUGAAAGAGCGGGCCAUCUCCUGCAUGGGCCACCUCGUGGGCCACCUGGGUGACCGGCUCGGGGAGAACCUGGAGCCGUCACUCUUGCUUCUCCUGGACCGCCUGCGGAAUGAGAUCACCCGGCUUUCUGCCGUCAAGGCGCUGACACUGGUGGCCGUGUCCCCACUGCGGAUCGACCUGCAGCCCAUACUAGCUGAGGCGCUGCCCAUUCUGGCCUCGUUCCUGCGGAAGAACCAGCGGGCGCUGCGGCUGGCCACACUGGCCGCCCUGGCUGCCCUGGCCCAGAGUCAGGGCCUCGGCCUCCUGCCAUCCGCCGUGCGAGCCGUGCUGGCCGAGCUGCCCUCCCUUGUCAGUGAGAACGACAUGCACGUGGCCCAGCUGGCUGUGGACUUCCUCGCCACCGUGACCCGCGCCCAGCCAGACUCGUUGGCCGAGGUCAGCGGCCCUGUGCUGGCAGAGCUGCUGCGUUUGCUGCGCUCGCCCCUCCUGCCAGCCGGUGUGCUAGCGGCCGCUGAAGGCUUCCUACAGGCCCUGGUGGGGACCCGGCCGCCGUGCGUGGACUACGCCGAGCUCGUCGGCCUGCUCACGGCGCCCGUUUACGAGCAGGUGGCGGACGGCGGGCCCGGCCUGCACAAGCAGGUGUUCCACUCGCUGGCUCGGUGCGUGGCGGCCCUCGCGGUGGCCUGUCCCCAGGAGGUGGCGGGCACAGUCAACCGCCUGGUCUCUGAUGCCAGGUCGCCCAGCUCGAGCCCAGGGGUCAAGGUCCUGGCGUUCCUGUCGCUGGCUGAGGUGGGCCAGGUGGCCGGGCCGGGCCCCCAGCAGGAGCUGAAGGCGGUGCUCCUGGAAGCCUUGGGCUCGCCCAGCGAGGACGUGAGGGCGGCUGCCUCCUACGCGCUGGGCCGCGUGGGCGCGGGGAACCUGCCUGACUUCCUGCCCUUCCUGCUGGGGCAGAUGGAGGCCGAGCCCCGGCGGCGGUACCUGCUGCUACACUCUCUCCGGGAGGCCCUGGGGGCCGCCCAGCCUGACAGCCUGAAGCCCUACGCCGAGGACAUCUGGGCCCUGCUGUUCCAGCGCUGCGAGGGCGCCGAGGAGGGCACCCGGGGGGUGGUGGCCGAGUGCCUCGGGAAGCUGGUCCUUGUGAACCCUCCUUUCCUCCUGCCGCGGCUCCGGAAGCAACUUGCUGCAGGUCAGCCACACACCCGCUGCACUGUCAUCACAGCCCUCAAGUUCCUCAUCUCGGACCAGCCGCACCCCAUCGACCCCAUCCUGAAGACCUUCGUUGGAGAGUUCAUGGAGAGCCUGCAGGACCCAGACCUGAAUGUGCGCCGGGCCACCCUGGCUUUCUUCAACUCCGCCGUGCACAACAAGCCCUCACUGGUCCGCGACCUGCUGGACGACAUCCUGCCCCUCCUCUACCAGGAGACGAAGAUCCGCCGGGACCUCAUCCGAGAGGUGGAGAUGGGGCCCUUUAAGCACACGGUGGACGAUGGGCUGGAUGUGCGGAAGGCAGCCUUCGAGUGCAUGUACUCGCUGCUCGAGAGCUGCCUGGGCCAGCUGGACAUCUGCGAGUUCCUGAACCACGUGGAGGACGGCCUGAAGGACCACUACGACAUCCGGGGCCUGCUCCUUUCUGUCCUGGGCCAUUUCACCAAGAACUGUCUCCUUCCUCCUGGGCAGAUGCUGACCUUCAUCAUGCUCGCCCGACUAGCUACCCUGUGUCCUGUGCCUGUCCUGCAGAGGGUGGACCGGCUCAUCGAGCCCCUCAGGGCCACCUGUACCGCUAAGGUCAAAGCUGGUUCUGUGAAACAGGAGUUUGAGAAGCAAGAUGAACUGAAGCGCUCCGCGAUGAGGGCAGUGGCCGCCCUGCUGACCAUCCCAGAAGUGGGGAAGAGCCCCAUCAUGGCUGACUUCUCGUCCCAAAUUCGAUCCAACCCCGAGCUGGCCACCCUCUUUGAAAGCAUCCAGAAGGAUUCUGCUUCAGCCCCCAGCACAGACUGUAUGGAGCUCAGCUAGUGCCCCACCCCACCCACUGGGGACCCUAACUCACAAGGAGGCCCACUGAAGCCAGAGCCUCACCCUCCCAGCACCACAGGCCUCUAACUUUUGCCCCUUAUCCAUCUCACUGGGGCCCUCCCUCUCCUGGUUGGGCACCUUCUCCAGGGACCCCAGUCAGAGCUGCAAGGCUGCCAACAGUUGGGCCCUUUUAACUCAGGACAGUUAUUCAAAGCGGGUGUGGUAGUUCUUCCAAAGCUUCCACGGAAGAUGGAUGUGACUUCACACAGGUCAGCCUGGCUCCUUCAAACUGGGGGUCCCAGCCUCAGCGAGUACUUAGUAUUUAGAAAUACUUGUGCUCACAGCUGCAAAAAGCUUAGGAGGCAGCCGGAUGCCUUCCUCCCCGCUGUCCUAGAUGCGCCAUUCACACUGCUCCCACGUUUUCACCUGAUCCGAUGUGCCAAAAAUUAGUGCUUUGGCUGGGCAUCUUAAACUCAGGUACCUCUCAGAGCUAUUCACACUCUAGAAUCCAAAAUGCUUUCUUUCUCAUUGGCAGUGAUAAACCAGGAAUGUGUAUUAUUUUUGCAGAGGCUGGUGAGUGGGGUAGGGAAUUAGAUGUAAUGUUUUUUUCUAAUCCCGAAACUCUUAGGUGGCAAACUGAGAGACAGGAAAGCACAAAUGAAAAAGUACAAACCACCUAUCAUGUCCCCCCAUCGAGGUGUAACCAGGUGGUUUGUGAACAUGUCCCUUCUAGUUUUUAGUAUCAAGGACACAGAAACAUUAAGCGACAGGCCAAAGAAUUUUCUGCUAUCCCAGGUUAAUAAAGGACAGAUCCUCAACUGUUACUGUUUUCUCCACACAAUUCCUCUACUCUGUAGUCAAGACUAUCAGAAUGCUCCCCACGUCAAUUCAAAGAAGUCACACAAUGACCAACAAUUUACUCAAACGUUUCAGACUGAGUUUUGAACAGGAGCGAAUCUGUAAGACAUUUAUCUACUGAACUAAGGGCCUUAAAUCCAACCUUGUGCUAUAGAGUGCCACGUGCCCUGUUCCUUGUGACCUGUGCUGCCACUUAAUAGUACCAUGUCUUGGAAAAAUGGCCUCUUAGCCUCAAAAAACAGCUGAAUUCUAGGUACUGUUGACUAAGGUCUAGGACUGUAGUUGAAAAGGAAACUUGAUUGUCCUCAAUCUUCACAAGAACCACACAGGGUAAUUCCUCACUUUAUAAAGUGAGGCUAAAAAUGACUACUUGCUCCAAGAUGCAAGGUCCUUCACCAGGGGUCUCAGAACCUACCGUGGUCUGAGGGCCACAUCUUCCUGAGCCCACCUGGAGCUGACCAAGGCUGCUCUGGGCACCUGAGGCCUGGGCCCCAUGAAGGAAGGAUCACGUAUCCUUUACAAACGCCUUCCAAACAGAAGGUUCCAUAGAGCACAAACAGGCAAAAGAGCGAUCUCUGUGACAAGCUGUCAAACAAACUGAAGAGUAAAACCAAGGGGGAAAUGCCAGAUGGCCGUUUUACGGUUUUAUUAAACAAAACUUGCACACGAGCUGUCUAUUCAUUUU